GAACAGUGCAAAAACCCUUAAAAACCUCCGUCACAGCAGAUCAAGCAUCGACUCAGGCAUAGACAAACACUGUAAUUUUCGUAAGCUUUGUUUCCAGCAAGAAAACAAUACUAAACUUCAACCAUAAAGAGAUUUUCAUUUGCUUUCUUUUACCAAAAAACCUAAAAACAUCUCCACUCCAAGUUGUCUCUGCUACUCUUGAAAGAAGACAGUAAUUAGUAAUACACACAGGCAUUAAAACUAACCCUGACAUCUGUUAACUUAUGCCAAUAACUUGUGUGUUUCUUGUCUUGUUUUAUACCUGCUUGCAAAACUUGGGUUUUGUGUGAUGUGUUAUACAAGUUGUACAACUCUUGUCUGACAAGAAGUUAGCGCAAAUUCAGCAUAAAGUUUAUUUCUUAGUUUAGGCACAUAAAUUCUAAGUGGCCAGAUGGGUGCGAAACAAGAAAAUGGUGAUCCUGAGAAUAUUUUACCUCCUAUUGAGCAGGAAUUGUCUCACGAGUUGGAUACGAAAGUAAAGAAGUAUCUUAGAGGAGAAGGGGCUAAUUUGGAGGUUUUAAAAGACAAAAAGCUUAAGGGUCAACUUUCUGUUAGGGAAGAUUUAUAUGGAAUAUCUGCAAAAGCUGCUGCCAAGGCUGAAAAGUGGCUUAUGCCAAGCAAGGGAGGCUAUCUGGAGGCUGAGGGUAUAGAGAAGACGUGGAGGAUCAAACAGGACGCAAUCAAUCGUGAAGUUGAUAUCUCAAGCGCAAAGAAUCAAUAUGAUAUAGUCUUGCCAGAUUUUGGUCCAUACACUCUGGAUUUCACCUCAAGUGGUCGAUACAUGGCAGCUGCUGGUCGCAAGGGCCACUUGGCGGUUGUUGACAUGAAGAACAUGAGCUUAAUAAAAGAGAUGCAGGUUAGAGAAACAGUGCGAGAUAUCGUGUUUUUGCACAAUGAGCUGUUCUUUGCUGCUGCCCAGAAAAAGUACCCGUACAUUUAUAACAGAGAUGGUGUCGAACUUCAUUGUUUAAAGGAACAUGGUGCGGUGACAAGGCUUCAGUUUUUGAAAAACCACUUUCUUUUGGUGUCAAUAAACAAAUUUGGGCAGCUGCGAUACCAAGAUGUUACAAUGGGUGAGAUGAUAAGCAAUUUCCGGACAGGUUUAGGCCGUACUGAUGUGAUGCUGGCCAACCCUCUCAACGGGGUUGUUGCUUUGGGUCAUUCAGGUGGUACAGUAAGCAUGUGGAAGCCCACCAGUGCGGUUCCCCUUGUCAAGAUGCUGUGUCAUCCUGGACCUAUCACAGCAAUGGCAUUUCAUCCUAAUGGCAAUCUCAUGGCCACUUCUGGAAAAGAAAAGAAAAUUAAGAUUUGGGACUUGAGGAAAUUCGAGGUUCUCCAAAUUAUACCAGGCCAUGCAAAAACCUUAGACUUCAGUCAAAAAGGUUUACUAGCUGCUGGAACUGGAUCGUAUGUUCAGAUUCUAGGAGAUUUCUCAGGAUCACGGAUCUAUAGCAGAUAUAUGGGACAUUCCAUUGUGAAAGGUUACCAGAUAGGGAAAGUGGCAUUUCGACCAUAUGAAGAUGUUCUAGGUAUAGGGCACUCCAUGGGAUGGUCUUCAAUUCUUAUCCCAGGUUCAGGGGAACCAAACUUCGACACAUGGUUAGCAAACCCAUUUGAAACAUCUAAACAACGAAGAGAGAAGGAAAUCCACUCUCUUCUUGACAAGCUCCCACCCGAGACCAUCAUGCUGGACCCUUCAAAGAUCGGUACAGUGAAGUCGGCAAAGAAGAAAGAUAAACCAACAAAGAAGGAGAAGGAGGCGGAGAUGGAAGCUGUCGUUGAAGCAGCAAAGGGAACUGCCAUUAGGAAGAAAACAAAGGGGAAAAAUAAGCCAAGCAAAAUAGCGGUAAAGAAAAAGAAGAUUGUUGAAAGAGCCAAGAGACCUUUCUUGGAGAAACAAAUGGAGGAAGAAAACGUGGCUAAGAAGCAGAAAAUCAGUGAGGAAAUUUCAUUACCUACGGCUUUGCAAAGAUUUGCCCGUAAGAAAGCAACGGCAUGAUUGUACUUUAUUAGCUGCUCAUUCAGAGCCCAUCUCAAGCUACUGUGUUUCCCCCACUUUUUUUUUGCCCUUCCUCCAAAUUUUGUCAUACCAUUAGUUAGGGGUGUCACGGUCAAAAACCAAACCAAACUGGGAGUUGUAAUUUCUGAAAAAUUUGACCCAGACUGAACCAAAAACUGGUUCAAACCAAACUGGUUUGGUUCGGUCAAGGUUGGUUUUUUUGCUUUGACCUCAGACAAAGUUACACCAGUACAGUGAGAAGAUAACUUGGUCUA